GAGAGUGGUAGAGGGGGAGACAGGAAGGAAAACGUAGAAGGAGAGAGAGAAGGAGGGAGGGGACGAAUGACAGACAGGCAGGAGAGACAGAGAGGAGGAGAGAAAGAGAGGGGGCAAGUGACAGACAGGCAGAGAAAGUGAGUGAGCGAGCAACACAGCCCGUAUGUAAAGUGCAGCUCGUGCUUUGGCAGCCGCUCGUGCAGAAACGAUGGAUCCGUAAAGUCGCGUGAUUGGUUACUGGAAUUACUGUACUGGAAGCUUUAGGAGCUUUAACUGGGACUGGUUACUGGAGCUGCUUUACCUGGAGUAUUUACUGGGGCUGACAAUGAAGAGCCUCGCUAAUCUCCUGCUGUGUUCCCUCAUGAUGAUCCCACAUGUGUCCUCCCACACCAAGAUCUUUGAAGAGGAACAGGUAAGGAUGACAUCAGAGGGGUCAGAUUGCCGCUGCAAGUGUGUGAUGCGCCCGUUACCCCGGGAUGCAUGUGCUCGACUGCGCAGUGGAGCAGCGAGGGUGGAGGACUUCUACACUGUGGAGACGGUCAGCUCAGGGGCGGACUGUAAGUGCUCCUGUACGGCUCCACCUUCAUCACUCAACCCCUGCGAGAAUGAGUGGAAGAGGGAGAAGCUGAAGAAACAAGCUCCAGAACUGCUCAAGCUGCAGUCCAUGGUUGAGCUGCUGGAAGGAACUCUGUUCAGUAUGGACCUCAUGAAGAUCCAUGCUUACAUCAACAAAGUGGUGUCUCAGAUGAACAACCUGGAGGAGGUAAUCAAGACCAACCUAACCCGGGAAAAUGAAUUUGUACGAGACACUAUGGCAGCUCUGACCAAUCAGCUGCAGCGAUAUGAGAAUCAGUCUAAUAUCAUGAUUAGCAUAAAGAAGGAACUGUCCAGUCUGGGCCAUCAGUUAAAGCAGAAGGAUUUCACCCUGAGCACCAAGGAGACUCUUGGUGGGAAAGAUUCCAGCAAACUCUCCACAAAGAAACCAGAGAAGGGGAAGCCAGCCUCCAAAGCUACUAAAGAGAAGCCGGUCAGGCCUAAAGAGGAGAUCUCUAAUGAAGCUCACACAGAGAGAACCGAUCCAGCCGGCAGAACCCGACCCAGCCAGCAGCAGCCUGGACACAUCCGCACCAUCACUUACUACAAAGCAGACAAGCAGGACCGCCCACAGAGCACAGAUCAAGAGGCGGAGCCUGAUGAGGUGGACACAAUGCUGGAGGUGGAGGAAGCUUCCGUACUGCCUGUUACCACAGCAGCAUACACCAAUGCUGCCACAUCCACAACCACAGCCAUGUCAUCCAUCUCCAGUUCCACCAUGUCCACAACGACAACCCAAAGCACAACAACAACCAGGCGACCUGCAGCUAGAGUGGAGCAUCCAGCUCCGACCAUCGUGCUCACUAUGGACAACACCAUCAACCUCACACACACCACUGCAGUUAAAGAGGUUUGGUGUGACAGUACGAUUGCAUCAGUGGAUGAACCUGUGAAACAGAACAGCUACGGGAGGAACGAGGGAGCCUGGAUGAAGGACCCCAAUGCCAAGGACUCCAAAAUCUACGUCACCAACUACUACUAUGGAAACAACCUGGUGGAAUUCAGAAACUUGGACAACUUCAAACAAGGUCGGUGGAGUAACCAGUACAAACUGCCCUACAACUGGAUUGGAACGGGCCAUGUUGUGUACAGGGGGGCGUUUUACUACAACCGUGCCUUCACCAAGAACAUUAUCAAGUAUGAGCUUCGGCAGCGCUACGUUGCAGCCUGGACACAACUUCACGAUGCCGUGUACGAGAACACCACGCCCUGGAAAUGGAGGGGACACUCGGACAUUGACUUCGCUGUGGAUGAGAGUGGGCUGUGGGUCAUCUAUCCUUCAGCAGAGUAUGACUACGCCCAAGCUGAGGUCAUUGUGGUAGCAAGACUGGAUCCUAACGACCUGUCGGUUCACAAGGACACAACAUGGCGGACGAGGCUGAUGCGGAACAGUUACGGAAAUUGCUUCAUUGCCUGCGGAGUGUUGUAUGCAGUAGAUGCGUAUGACCAAAGAGAAACCGAAAUAUCAUACGCAUACGACAUGCACACGAGCACCGAGCGCUCACCAGGGCUGCUGUUCAUUAAUGAAUAUUCCUUCACCACGCAGAUCGAUUACAACCCAAAAGAGAAGGUGCUCUAUGCUUGGGACAACGGACACCAGCUCACUUACAAUAUCACGUUCUUGGAACAUGACCAGAAGUGACUCCACCAGGUCAGUCAACAGGUCCACCUUCUUCCAAACCAUUAGCUGCUUUGGACUUCCAGUUUUUUAGGAAGUGUUUCAGUAAAUCAGUAAAAUCUCCAGGUUUAACAGGAUAUGAUUCAAUUCUUUUGAGCACUGAAAAAGGGCUCUUCAAAAGUUCAGUAUAAAACCAUGACAACUCAUAGAAUAUUUAGCAUGCUUGAAUGUUUUUUGCUUUGUUAAAUGGUUCUUAAAAUAGAAAAGUGGAAAAUCAUUCAUCAUCCAAAGAAUAGUUACAAAAGUAGUACCACCCAGAAGAAAGUAUCAGAAGAAAUAUAACCAAAAAGGUAACCAGACACAAUAAAUGAUAACAAAAUAUUGACUGAUAAAAUUUGGUCAUAUUUAAUAAGCUAUACCUAUAUAAGUAGUGUGUAACACGUGAAAUGCAUGGUAAUACAUGUAUAUUGCAACAAGCCAAAAGUCUUGUCAUUGUCUUGGAGUUGUAGAGGUUCCUAAUGGUGUACUACAGUCUGAAUAUUCUCACACACACACCGAAAAAAUGAUGCAUAAAAUUUACUUCAAAAAAGUUACGCAACUUUCUGCAUUUGCUUUUUUAAGUAAAUUUAAUUUCAGAUAAAUGUAAGUAAUUCCACUUGGUUUCAAGACUUAAAUGUUACAUAGAGUAAAUAGGUGAACUGAAUUCCAGUCAAUUCUUUCUUUUAGUAACCUUUACUUAGUUUAUUUUUGCUUAAUUAAUUCUUUAUUAUAGAAACCUUUACUUAAUUUCUGCGUACAAUAUUACCUAAUUACAAUUACUUAAUUUUUACAAUGUUACUCAAAUAGUUUAUGAUACAUAAUAUAUGAUAUUUUCAGAAAUUUUAAUAUUGUUAGUUAAAACACACAUUCAAAUAUUUACAUAACCUCAAAUAUUUAUUUUGUAAAAAGACCAAGUCUCACUGUCUCAACACAUGGCUGGCAUGUAAUACAUUCUUUUUAGUAUACUAAAAAGAAUGUAUUACAUGCAUCCAUGUGUUGAGACAGUGUAAUACGUGUGUUUUACCUAAAAAUAUUCAAAUUUCAGGAAUUAUAAUAUAUUAUGUAUCAUAAAUUAUUUGAGUAAUGUUAUAAUGUAUAAAUUAAGUCAUUGUAAUUGAGCCUUGAUAGCCUCUCCAAUAGCAUCCCACACAUUAUCACCUGCCAAUAUGGCUGGCCAUGGCAAAUUGUCUGUGUCUUGAGAUGGCAGCUGUAUGUGGAUGAGAAUUAUUCUGUUGGAAUAGCACGUUGGGGUGAGAGUUAAUUAAAGAUUGCAGAACCUCAUUAACGUAGCACUGGGCGUUCCUUUUGGGAGAUAGUGUAGAACUAUAAAAAAUAACACAAAGUGGCUGGAGACACUCAUUUUACUAAGUGAAACACAGACAGUUAAUAUGUGGACAGUAAACCUUAAUUAAAAGUCAAACAUCUCUAAAUCAACAACUCUACG